GCUCAGACAUAAAUGCAAAACCCGACCGACUUCAAGCCAGUUGUGGUCUCUCGCUCCUUUAAAUCCAACCGCAAUGGAGGUCAUCGACAUCCCUUCUUCCCCUGAACUACUUCCUACCGUAUCCAGAGUAACUCGUAAUCAAAGUCACCACCAUCGGUCGCAAAAGAGAAGGAUGCUGCCGCCACCAGCACCGAAUCUACUAUUGACGGAAGAAAUCAUCGAAAUAUCGGACUCUGACAGUGAACUCGAAAAUAAACUGAUGUCCCCGAAAAAGAGGCUAUCGGUGGACACACAUACAGUACCAGGUCCUUCGAAGUUGCCAGUUAUCGAAGCGCCUCUUGAUGACUUGCUUACGGGUGCAGCUGUACCGGCUGCCGGAUCAUCUCAGAAACCUCAAGACAGAGUCGCUUCCGCUCCGCUGUUUUAUUUAGAUGAUGAGGACCCAGAGACAGAGUUACAACAGAUGCCGAUGCAACAGCUAGAUAUCCCUCCAGUGCCAGUGCUUCCACUCGCGCCACUUCCUCAACCUUCUGAACCACUAGUGGAGGCCCAGGCUUCAGCCGACACGUAUGUUGCUCGCGUCCUUGAAAUUGUCCCAGAUGUAGAACCCGCACAUGCUCUCGGGCUUGCGGAGCAAUUCAUCCAUAACUCAGCUAAUUCCGGACAGAACGUCCUAGAGCUUGUCCUCCAUUCUAUCCUUGAGGACCCAAAUUACCCUAAAGUUGAUAGGAAGGGAAAGCGGAAAAGGCUUGAAGACGAUGAGGAAGGUGCUGCUCGUGGGCAACCUGUUCCUAAGAUUGAUUAUGGCGCGACAGACAGAGAAUUCAAGGGGGGUAUGUAUUAUUUUGAACUGGCUUUGGAUCAGCUUAUGGUUGACUUUCCAUACGCGCCGAAACCGUAUCUCCGAACGCAGCUACUCAAACGUCGACUUUAUGCUCCAACUCAUUUGUUUCUGGCUGAGAACCGGGAUCCUCCACCUUACGUUCCAAAAUCCAUUCCAUCAAGAGUUAGCGGAAAGGGGAAAGAAAAACAUGAUCCCGAAUUCGAUGCAGAGCGACAAUGGCUUCUGCAGCGACAAAAUGCACCUGUACAGCCACCUCCUGAUCUAACAAAUGACAGUGAUGCAUGUGAAGAAUGCGAAGACGGUAUUGAAUGUGGUUGUUGCUUCUCUUCCUACCCAUUUGACAAGAUGAUCCAGUGUCCAGAAGCGCAUCUAUUCUGCAAAAGUUGCAUGUCUUCUUACGCAUCCAACCUUUUGGGCGAGCACAAUCCCAAUAUCGUUUGCAUGGAUCAGUCCGGAUGCAAACUUCUCUUUCCGCAGUCCGAGUUGGAACGUUUCCUUACACCAAAGCUACUUGAGCUGUACCAUCGCGUAAGGCAGCACAAGGACAUUGAAGCCGCUGGCCUUGAGAACUUGGAGGAAUGUCCUUUCUGCGAUUAUAAGUGCGUGAUCGAGAACGAGAUGGAGAAGCUCUUUCGGUGUGAGAACGUGGACUGCGGUGCGGUGAGCUGUCGAGAAUGUAAGAAGCCUGACCAUUUACCGAAAAGUUGCAAGGAAGUAGAAUCGGACAAACACCUUAACGUGCAGCACAUCGUUGAGGAAGCGAUGACUCGUGCACUAAUGCGAAACUGUCCGAAGUGCCAGAAAGCAUUUAUAAAAGAACACGGUUGUAACAAAAUGACUUGUCCGAAUUGUCGAACUGUAUCAUGCUAUAUAUGUCGGAAGGUCAUUGAUGGAUACGAACAUUUCGGAAAGCCACCUCCUCAAGUCGGACAAGUCGAUAAGAGCAAAUGCCUGCUAUGGGAUCCGGUAGAACAGCGGCAUGCAAAUGAGGUUCAAGAAGCAGUUAAGAAGACAAUGGAAGAGCUCAAACGCGAUCACCCUGAUCUUGAUGAGAGCAACAUCAAGAUAGAUUUACCAAUUGCCGGUCCGGCUCAGCCAGUGCCCAAUAUGCAUCCACCUCCGCUCAUCAACGCUGCAUGGGGCUUGCCAGCCUUACCGAAUGCACUAGGUCUAGUACCACAUGCACAUCCGGCACCGAAUGCAUAUGGUCUAGCACCGAAUGCUUAUGGAGUACCCGCUUAUGGCUUACCCCACGUAGACUUCGCAGGAAAUAUGUUAAAUGUCCAGGCUCAGCAUGCUCAGCAACGGAUGUUAGAGGCUCAGCAGGUCCACCAGCGAAUGGCGCUCGCACAGCGUGUCCAGGCUCGAGCACAGCUGCAGGAGCGAAUGGUGCGGGCACAGCUCGCCCAGGUUGACUUAAUGCGUCAGAUAGAAUUCAGGGACGCUCAGAUCAGACGUCAAGCGGCGCUGAGAGAAGAUUUUCGUUUGAUAGCUGGAGCCGAGAGGGACAGACACGCUAUGCACAUGCCGCCCCGACUCCCACCAGUUCCACAACCCGUCGCUGCGCCCAGGAGGCCUCAGAGACCCUAAGGAAGGAAACUGUAAUUUCUUGUGCAUUCUCUCCUGUUAUGAUAAUGUUGCUGCUAUCAUACGUUAUACUUAGUCGUAUAUACCUAUAAAUUCCUACGUACGCUUAACCAGCGUUCUGCUACGUAGUAUACUACUACACCAUAUUCAAUUGGUGCUCGAGAUCGGAUUUUUGCAUCUGUAUCUGUCAAUAUCUAGAUACACCGGGACCACUGCGCAUGUUGGUCAAUCAAAGUCUCGAAAAGUGGCGGGAGCGUUGCGAAAACUGUGAAAUUGGCGAUAUUUCUAACAUCACCAUACUCACAAGUAUUCGGAAGCGGCGAAAUUUUUAGUCUAAUCAUUCAUGCAGAAAGGGAUUACCAUGAUUGUC